AUUUUAGCUCUGGAUCUGACUCUUUUUAAAACUACACUUCUGAUACUAAAAGCUAAAAUCUUCUGAUAGCGCAGAGAGACUUAAAAGACGCAGACUUGGAGUUAGACAUUUACAUUACACCUAAAUGUCUCUGCAUAAAGGUAAAGUCACUCCUCCAACAAUCCCAGUUUCUACUGUGAAAGGAACUCCGGAAACAACUAAUGAACAAAUUCAAAUCCCAGACUGGGAAAUGAUGACUGCCUGCAAAGUUGCUAUCAGGCCAGAAGCAACAAGUUUUCUGGAAGUUGGAAGGAAAAAGUCUAGAGUGACGUGUAAAUCAGACUUCCAUGACAUGAAGUUUUUUAAUCAAGUUCUGUGUAAGGAGAGAAUCCACUCAGGACGAUACUACUGGGAGAUAACAGCGCUCACAGAGCCGUUUCCUUCAAACAAACUCAAGAAGAAACAUGAAUGUCCAUCAUCCUGGUAUGUUGGGGUAACCAAUGAAACAGCAGGGAAGAAGUGCAGAGUUCCUUUAACUACAUGGAACGGCUACUGGGUUCUUCAGUAUGAUCAAAAGAGAGGAUUUCAUGUUUGUGAUCCCACAAUGACUUCAGUUAUAGUGAGAGAUCGGUUUUCAAAGCUGGGAGUGUUUUUAGACUGUGAGAGAAACACUCUGUCUUUUUACGACUGUGAUAAAAAGGCUCAUCUCUACACCUUUUAUUACGUAUUUUCUAGACCCCUGAUUCCAGUUUUAAGCCCUGGAGACAAAGAGAAACAUACACUCAGAAUAUGUCAGGAAAACUGUGUGAACUUUAGUAAACUUUGUCAACAGUCUGAACGACAUUUCUCUUCAGUGCAAUCCAAGCUUGGAAGAGAUUUAAUCAGUGUUCACGAUGGCCAGACCAGUCAGACACACAAUGUAAAACAACAGGAACACACAACGAGUAGCCGCAGGGAUAGGUGACAAAUUAACUAUGAGAGUAACAUUCAUAUUGCAUACUUGAUGGCUUUUUGUACCUUUUAAUCUUGUGCAUUUUCUAUAUUUUAUUUAAAUGUGUGACACCUAAGUUCAAGUAACUCCAUUUAUUUUAUUUUAUCCAUCUCAUUCAUUCAUUUAUCUCCA